AUGAGAGAAAGAAAUAUGAAUAAGAAAGAGGUUAUUGAAACUUCUGAUGAUGCUUUUUUUGAAGUUUUACCUUCUGUGGAAAGGAAAGAACAAUCAUCAAGUAUCUUUUAUUCAAAUGUUAGAAAUACAGAAGUUGGUAUUUCAGACGAUAGUUCUUAUGGAGUAUUUUCACUUGAUAAAAGAGAUGAUAGUUCAAGUGGAUCUUUUUUGAGAAGGCAAUAUCCAUCAAAUGGUACUGAAUUUUCAAGUCCAUACUUAUCUAACACACCAUUACCAAUAUACUCUCCAGGACCAAAAGAAUGUUUUAUUGUUAAUAUGAUUAAUCAAGGAACAAUUAAUCUUGUUGGAGAAGUAGAAUUAAACAAAAUCGAGGAAAAUGAAAAAAUUGAACAUCCCAUGGCUGUUAAACAAGAAUUUAUUUUAUCAGAACAUCAAAAAUUUCGUCCUAUAAAUAGAAGAAAGAAAAAAAAAGCAAUACAUGAAGAUUUUUCUCGAUGUGAAUCUGACAGUGAAAUUAUAAGUGAAAGGAGUGGAUUGUUUAUGGAAGAUAGUAUUGAAACAUAUGUAAAGGAACAAUUAUUUAUAAAAGGAAAACAUUUCAAAAAAUUGAAACAAUGGAUUGGGUUAUCUAAAUAUAAAAUCAUUUUUGAUAGUUAUUUUGAUGACUUAGUGACUGACGUUUUUAACCAAAGGGUUGAAGGUAAGUCAAAUACCUCUAUGAUUAUUGUGACUAAUAACAAUUGGGUUUUUGGUUGUUUCAAUAAACUAAAAAUACCAAUAAUCAAUAGUCAAGAAGAGACUCAUGGAUUGAGUGAUAAUGGGUUUUUUAUCUUUUCAUUGAACAACCCACAUCACACAAUGCCAAUUAAAAUCACACAAAAAGAAACAAUUCCAGGAAAAUUAAUAUUAUAUCCUAAAGAUUCAAAUCAAUUAUUUGGGGUAGAAGAUGCAUUCAUUAUUUCUCAAUUACCAAACGAAUCAUAUAUUUUUAGAAAUAUUGAGCAAUAUUAUUUAAUACCAUCAGUAGUUGGAAAAGAAUUAUUUACUGGAUGUUGUUAUCCAGACUGUUUCUGUGCUGAUAAAGUAUUUGUAAUAGAAUGGUUUUGA